GAUUUCAUUUUGAAAAAAAAAAAAAAAUGUAAUUAAAGGAAGAGUUCUGCAACUGCGGGACGCUUUGUCCAAAUCGGACAGCUUCAAAGUUCAAAAGCACUCUCGCUCGAAGUACGAUUUCGAAGAUGAUCAAUGGAGAGAAGGCUCGAGAGAUUUCCUCCGAUGUCCCCUCUCCAGAUCCGCUUGACGAGUUUCUGCCCUGCGUAGGGUCGAAGUCCGAUGUCUUGUCAGAUUACUCUUCAUGUCGAGAAUCAGAGUUCGAGAGGUAUUGCAGCGCGAAUUCAGUUAUGGGGACAGCAAGUUUGUGUAGCUCCCUAGGAACUUGUAAUGACCUUUUGGAUUCUGAUUUAGGAUAUACGAGGAGUUUGGGGUUCGGAGAGGAUCCUGUCCUGGAAAAUUUUAGUUUUGGGGCGAGAUUCCCAAAGAACUCUAGCGACGAGGGUAGUUUUGAUUAUUCCUCCGAUGGAAGAGUCCGAACUUGCAGAGAAAAAGGUGAUGUUGGGAUUUCUGUUUCUGCAUUGGAAAGUAAGGUGUUGCCAGGCCUUAAUAAAUGGUCCAAGUCAUUACCUAGACAGGAGGAGAAUUCAUCAAUUGGGGCCAUUUGUUCAGAAAAUGAUGUUGAAAAUUUAACAACUCGUACUGUAAAUAAUUUACUGCCCAAGGAUGAUUGUGCCGAGGAUAAUGCAGAAGGUUCAAUGUUGGGAGGUCACAAGGACCGAGGAUUAUUACCUGGUUCAACUGAGCAUUAUUCAUCGGAAGAGAUUAUUACUGUACAGAACGAUAAGGAUAAGUUCGCCAUUUGUGCGGUUGCGAAUGAAGCCAAUGUUUUGCAGGCUGGUGACAAUUCCCUAUCUUAUGUUGCUUCUUGUGGAGAGAACUUGAACAAACCAGGCCCCAAUGACGUGGUUCAGUUGCAUGAGCCGAUUUCUGCUUCUCCAGUUUCAGUUGAUGGAAAAGAAAUUGGGAAGUUUACUGAGGCUGGAGAAGAAACCUCAACCAGGUCCGAGCGUUCAGAAGAUGAGAGGUCAUCGGUGGAUUAUGGGACAGAUGAUGAACAAACUAUUGGUUUAAGUGAUAGGAUAAACCUAUGUUAUUAUCGCAAGGGCAAAACUGACAAUGAGAAUCCAUUGCUUCUUAACUCAGUUGUGGCUUUUGGUUCAGAUGAUUGGGAUAAGUUCGAGCAAGAAGCAGUGGAAAGCAGUUUAACGGUUGUGCCAUUUGAUAAUACUCAAGAACUGCAACAACAACAUGUAGAAACUGAAAGGAAUCUUCUGAGUUCUAAUUUUGCGGUUGUGAAUGAAUCCAAUGUUUUGCAGUCUGGUGAAAAUUCGACAUCUUAUGUUCCUUCUUGUGGAGAGAACAAACCAGGACCCAAUGACGUGUUUCAGUUGCAUGAGUCGACUUCAGCUUCUGGAGUUUCAGUUGAUGGAACAGAGUUAGGGAAGCUUACUGAGGCAGACAAGGAAAUAUCAACCAGGUACGAGCGUUCAGAAGAUGAGAGGUCAUCGGUGGAUUAUGGCACAGAUGAUGAACAAAGGAUUGGUUUAAGUGAUAGGAUUAAUCUACCUUUUUAUCACAAGGGCAAAACUGACGAUGAGAAUCCAUUGCUUAUAAAUACAUCUGUGGCCUUCGGUUCAGAUGAUUGGGAUAAGUUCGAGCAAGAAGCAGUGGAAAGCAGUUUAACGGCUGUGCCGUUGGAUGAUACUCAAGAGCCGCAACGACAGCAUGUAGAAACUGAAAGGAAUCUUCUGAUUUCUAAUUUUGUAGUUGAGAAUGAAUCCAAUGUUUUGCAGUCUGGUGAAAUUUCCCCAUCUGAUGUUGCUUCUUGUAUAGAGAACUUCAACGAACCAAUCCCCUGUGACGUGGUUCAGUUGCAUGAGUCAACUUCAGCUUCUGGAGUUUCAGUUGAUGGAAUGGAAGUUGGGAAGUUUACCGAGGUAGACAAGGAAACUUCAACCAGGUACGAGCAUUCAGAAGAUGAGAGGUCAUCGGUGGAUUAUGGUACAGAUGAUGAACAAAGGAUUGGUUUAAGUGAUAGGAUUAACCUACCUUUUUAUCACAAGAGCAAAACCGACGAUGAGAAUCCAUUGCUUAUUAACACAUCUGUGGCCUUCGGUACAGAUGAUUGGGAUAAGUUCGAGCAAGAAGCAGUGGAAAGCAGUUUAAUGGCUGUGCCGUUGGAUGAAACUCAAGAGCCGCAACGACAGCAUGUAGAAACUGAAAGGAAUCUUCUAAGUUCUAAUUUUGCGGUUGUGAAUGAAUCCAAUGUUUUGCAAUCUGGUGAAAUUUCCCCAUCUGAUGUUUCACCGCAUUCCCCAUCUGAUGUUCCUUCUUGCGGAGAGAAUUUCAAUGAACCAUGCCCCAAUGACGUGAUUCAGUUGCAUGGGUUGACUUCAGUUUCUGGAUUUUCAGUUGAUGGAAUGGAAGUUGGGAAGUUUACUGAGACACACAAGGAAACCUCAACCAGGUAUGAGCAUUCAGAAGAUGAGAGGUCAUUGGUUGAUUACGGUACAGAUGAUGAACAAAGUAUUGGUUUAAGUGAUAGGAUAAACGUAGAUUUUUAUCACAAGGGCAAAAUUGACGAUGAAAAUUCAUUGCUUAUUAACUCAGCUGUGGCCUUUGGUUCAGAUGAUUGGGAUAAGUUUGAGCAAGAAGCAAAGGAAAGCAGUUUAACGGCUGUACUGUUGGAUGAAAUUCAAGAGCCGCAACAACAGCAUGUAGAAACUGAAAGGAAUCUUCUGAGUUCCACCCUUGGGGCCUACAGUGGUUCUCCAAUUUUUGGUGUUUCUGAGCAAGUUGAAAAUAUGGAAGAAAUACCUAUAAGUAGUUGUCGAGUCCAAGCCACAAAUAAAUCAACUGAAUAUCUAGAAAGAUAUUCAGUCAGCAACGUCCUUACAUUGCGGGACCUAUCUGUGCAAAAGGCUCCAGGAGGGAUAGAUUCGAACAUCAUGGAUGAUACAGCAGAAACCGAGCUUCAGUAUAUAAAUGACAAUGAAAUGAGCAGCCUUGAUAAGAGUGAGGUUGUAAAAGUUGACUUGUUGGGGUCCUUGGGGAUAUUAGAAACUCAGCUUCAGUUGGAUCCUCUUUCUAAUGCUGCGGUUGGCCAACUUUGUUCUAUUGCAACAGAAACAUGUCAAGAUAACGUGACAGUAGAUUUGCAAAAUGUUGUAAAAGAUGCACUCCCGCCAAUGGUUGAAAAUGAUGAGGAGUCCCUUCUAAUGACAAUAGUGACAGAUUCUUCUGUAUCAAAAGAUCUGGGUAAAGAAAAUGUGGCAUCGAAUGAGGCUGAGAACCUCGAGUUAAAUGAAUUCUAUGAUGAGGUUGUCCAUGAAAUGGAGGAGAUUUUACUUGAUUCUGUGGAGUCUCCUGGGGCUAGGUUCACCAAGGGUAAUAGGGCAUCUCUAUCACAGCAUCCUAAUCCUUUUAGAGAUGGCAGCUCGACUGCUUCUACAUCCGGUACUGAUGAUGCAUACCCACAAGUCCAGCAGCCUCUAAAAAUUGAUGGGAUUGAAGUUGUAGGUGCAAAGCAAAAGAAAGGAGAGGUCUCACUGGGGGAGAGACUGGUUGGUGUGAAGGAAUACACAGUUUACAGGUUAAGAGUAUGGAGUGGCGAGGACCAAUGGGAGGUUGAACGGCGAUAUCGUGAUUUCGUUUCUCUUUAUCGUCAGUUGAAAACAUUUUUUGCUGAUAAAGGUCAGGUCCUUCCUUCCCCCUGGUUUGAUGUUGAACGAGAAUCAAGAAAGAUAUUUGGGAAUGCUUCUCCUGAUGUUGUCACUCAGAGAAGUGCUCUUAUCCAAGAUUGUUUACGUUCCAUUCGGCACUUUGGGUUUUUAUUCAGCGCAUCGAGUCCUCUGAUUUGGUUUUUAUCCCCUCAAAGAACCCUCUCUAAUUCCUCUAUGUUAAACACUUUUGUGCCUCAUUCACCUUCAGCAUAUGGUGGAGAAACUUCAACACAAGGUGUUUCCACUUUGGGAAAAACAAUAUCACUUCUGGUGGAAGUCCCACCUCACAAAUCAAUGAAAGAGUUGCUGGAAUCACAACAUUAUUCUUGUGCAGGAUGCCACAGAUAUUUUAAUGAGGGGAAGACACUGUUAAAAGAAUUUGUAGAGACAUUUGGGUGGGGCAAGCCUAGACUAUGUGAAUACACUGCUCAACUGUUUUGUGCUUCGUGCCAUACUAAUGACACUGCCAUUCUACCUGCUAAAGUCUUGCAUUUCUGGGAUUUUACUCAAUAUCCAGUUUCACAAUUGGCUAAAUCAUACCUUGAGUCUAUCUAUGACCAGCCUAUGCUUUGUGUCAGUGCGGUUAAUCCUUUUCUAGUUUCACGGGUUCCAACCCUUCAUCAUGUUAUGGGUAUCAGAAAGAAAGUAGGUGCUAUGCUUCCAUAUGUUCACUGCCCAUUUCGGAGGUCCAUCUAUAGAGGACUGGGUUCUCGAAGAUAUCUUGUUGAAAGCAAUGAUUUCUUUGCACUCCGAGACCUUGUUGAUCUAUCCAGAGGGGCAUUUGCAGCACUCCCAGUCAUGGUUGAGAAUGUCUCCAAGAAAAUCUCGGAGCACAUCACUGACCAGUGCCUCAUAUGCUGUGAUGUCGGUGUUCCUUGUGGUGCUCGACAAGCUUGUGAAGACCCAUCGUCCCUCAUUUUCCCAUUUCAGGCAAUUGAGGUGGAAAGAUGCAGGUCUUGUGAAUCGGUUUUCCAUGAAGCUUGCUUCAGAAAGCUUAGAAGCUGCCCAUGUGGCACAAAUCUUGAGGUGGAACAUCAUGAAGGUCCAACAGACACUGUCAGGUGCAAUGCUGGUGAUGAAGUGGAUGGAGCUUUAGAUUUGUCUGCAAGGAAGUCCAACACCGGGUCAACAAUGAGUUUUCUCACUGGGCUGUUCUCGAGAGUAGGAUCAGAGAAGACAUUAAGUCCUAGAGAUAACAGUACAGUUAUUCUCAUGGGUUCUUUGCCAAGUAAUUCUCUCUAACCUCUUGUAAUUCUAGUGUACAAGUUGUAUCAUUUGUGCUUGGAAAACCUGAACAGUUGAGGGUAUAUUUGUUGCACCUUUGGGGUAAA